GAAAUUUUCCUCUUGAUGCCCUUGAGAACAGAAAAUGCCUGUUCCAAGAAGCUUUCCAAGACCAACUUCUCCAACAACAAUGAUUUUCGGGCUCUGCUGCAAUCUCUUUAUGCCACAUUCAAGGAAUUUAAAAUGCACGAGCAGAUUGAAAAUGAGUGCAUCAUUGGUUUGCUUCAGCAGCGUAGCCGGACAGUGUACAAUGUGCACUCGGACAACAAGCUCUCAGAGAUGCUUAGCCUUUUUGAGAAAGGGCUAAAGAAUGUAAAGAAUGAAUAUGAACAGCUAAACUAUGCGAAACAGCUGAAGGAGAGAUUGGAAGCCUUUACCAGGGAUUUCCUUCCUCAUAUGAAGGAGGAAGAGGAGGUUUUUCAGCCAAUGUUGAUGGAAUACUUUACUUAUGAAGAGCUGAAAGAUAUUAAGAAGAAAGUAAUUGCACAGCACUGCUCACAGAAAGAGGCUGCAGAAUUCAGAGGUCUCAGUAAGUGGAAUCAGGCAGAAGAGCUUCAGAAGGUCUUUAAGUACUCUGUGGAUGAGAAGGCAGAUCAAGAAACCGAAGUAACAGGGCACACCACAAAUAUUACUAAUCUCCCUCCUGAAGUAAUGGUGACCAUUUUCAGUUACCUUAACCCCCAAGAGUUAUGUCAGUGUAGUCAAGUAAGCACUGAAUGGUCACAAUUGGCUAAAACUGGAUCUCUGUGGAAACAUCUUUACCCUGUUCGCUGGGCAAGAGGUGAUUGGUAUAGUGGUCCUGCGGCAGAUACUGAGACUGAACCUGAUGAGGAAUGGGUGAAAAACAGAAAAGAUGAAAGUCGUGCUUUCCAGGAAUGGGAUGAAGAUGCUGACAUAGAUGAAUCUGAAGAAGCAGCUGAAGAUUCACUUGCCAUUAAUAUAGCACAAAUGGAAAAACGUUUACUUCAUGGCCUAAUUCAUCAUGUCCUCCCACUUGUAGGCUCCUCAGUGAAGACACUGGUAUUGGCCUACAGUUCUGCAGUGUCCAGCAAAAUGGUUAGGCAGAUCUUAGAGCUUUGCCCCAACUUGGAAUAUUUGGAUCUCACUCAAACUGAUAUUUCAGACUCUGUAUUUGAAAGUUGGUGUUCAGUUGGGUAUUGUCAAAAUCUACGCCACCUUGAUCUGUCUGGAUGUGAAAAAAUUACAGAUGUGGCUAUAGAGAGGAUUUCCAGAGCACUGGGUAUCGUAUCAACUCAUCAUACCAGAGGUAUUCUGAAAAGCUGCAGGAACAGGAACCCUAAGACUUUGUGGAAAAACAGAGAGAUUACUCUGCAGUCCAACCAGAAAUAUAAUGGUUUGCAUGAAAUCAGCAAUGAAAAUCUCAUUCAGGAAGGAAAUGGUGAGCAGCACUGGACUAAACCCGACGGCUCAGAAAACUUCAGUUCUGCUUAUGUGUGGAUGCUAGAUGCAGAUGAUUUAGCUGACAUUGAAGAUGCUGCAGAGUGGAGACACAGAAAUGUUGAAGGAUUUUGUCUUAUGGAACCAACAUCCCAUAUUAAUUGUUCUGCAUUGUGCUACAGUAGAGACAUUUAUGGGUUAAGGACUAGAGGGUGGCAACAGCACUGUGCUUCUACUGACUUGAUUUACUGCGGUCACUCAUUUUGUUGUGCUGGGACAGCACUAAGAACUAUUCAAGCACUUCCAGAGUCCUCUGCACUGUGUAAGAAACCAAUAAGGACUAAGCAGUCAGAGAAAAAAGACUCUGCAUACUCUGGGAGUGAAAAAACAGAUGAAGAGACAGCACGAGUUCUUCAGUUUCUCAGUCUGUCAGGCUGUUACCAGAUAACAGACCGUGCUCUCAGGGCGUUGACUCUGGGAGGAGGACUGCCGCAUUUGGAACACCUGAACCUCUCGGGGUGUCUCACUGUAACUGGUGCAGGCCUGCAGGAGUUGGUUUCUGCAUGCCCCUCUCUAAAAGAUGAACACUUUUACUACUGUGACAACAUUAACGGGAAGGAGAUGUAUUCUGGGAUCAGAGGUUGGAAAACCUGUUGAUCUUGCAGAAAAAAAAUGGAGCCAACAGCAUGGAAUUUAGUCAUCUCUGAAUAAUAAAGAUAUGACUUUGUCAUCUGCUGAUAAAUGAAGGCUUUACUUUUACCUGCGGCUUAUUGUCUUUUUUUUUUCUAUGAACACUAUGAAGAUUUUCUUUCUCGGAAGAUAUUUUUUUCUAUGAACACUAAGCCUGAUGGUACUCCUUACACACAACCCAGCUUCAUUGGAAUUCCUUUGUGGAGAGCUUAAUAUACAUGUUUGGUAGGCAUAUUGGUUGCAAUUUUUGUAUUUUCAGCAGGUGCUUUUCUACCUUUUUAGUAGAGCAAGACUAGAAAGGAAGAGCAGCUAUGGUGAGGUAAUUGGGUUUGAGUCUGACUGCUGUUGCACACCAGUAACCUGGUACACUUUUUAUGACCAGAAGCUAUGAAUUUACACACACUUCCAGAUCUAUUUUGCAUUUGUUUACUGUUAGUUUCACUUCAGUUUUUAGUUUACAUACUAAUGUUUAGGAUCUCUUAUAUUUUGCACAGUGCUGGAGACUUGGAGUUAGAUAGCCCUCAGCUGUAGCUGAAAACAAAUCUGUCAAUGUACAUCCCUUUUAAUGGCUGAUUUCAUUUAUCUACAUUAAACUUGGUCGUGGAUCACACAGAACUUAGCAAGAAGAGUUGGUUGUUUGAGUUAGAUCUUGCCACCUGAGUUCUUACUUUCCUAAGUCUGUUUUGUCCAGCUGUGUCCAUUAUGACUCAUUUCUCCAUUUCAAAGCCUGGAGUGCUUUCACCUUUGGCAUUAAAAAUACAGGCUCCCUAAUUUCUGCAGCAGUAGCUCUUUGCAGCAUUUAAUUAUGAUUCAGUUUCUAGACAUUCUUUUAAUUAUGUAGUCCUCAGGUUCUGUAAUUAAAGAAAUAGGGCAUAAGUUUGAUUCUAAUGAUUCACUCUUCUGGCAUCUAAAAUGUCAUUGGUCAUAGUUAAUCUGUCUUUCAGCAGUCAAACCAAGACUUUGCAUGUUCUUUUAAGGUGUAUGGACUACUGUGUGCAGACUUAUGUGUUCUAAGAGUUAAGUCAGUCUAAAUUCUACAGGUUACCAAUGUACUCACAAAUCUCUGAAAAGGUAUUAUAUGGUGGUGACAGCCAGUUGCAGGGAGUGGUUCUAUUACUAUGGUAUUAGUCUGUUUUUUCAUGUAUUCUUGGUGGAAUGCUAAACUUCGUUCUAGGGAAUUCUGACUAAUUUUUGUACCCUUGUAAAUGUAACAAAAUGGAGUAAUCAAAUAAAUGGAGUAAUCAAAUAGCUCUACUUCUUUCCUACAUUAUCAAACAUGUUUAUAUGUUCACCACAAGUAAACAGACCUCACCUCUAUUCAGAGUCCCCUAAGCAUCUGAGUAAUCAGAUGUACAUGCAAAGAGCAUUACAGUAAUCCAGUUUAGAAGUAACUAAACCAGUAUCGUAGACUGUGGCAUGUUAGAUGAGAAUCUGAUUAACUUUGCUUUCCCAGGUGAGCCCAGAACACAUUUAAUUUAGCACUUCACUGCUAGCACUUACUAAACCUUCACAGUCUGAGGGACCCUUGUGAAAUAUGUUUCUCCUUAUGAUCCCACUGCAUGCUGUUCCUUCCCCACACUUCCAUCACAUGUUGUUUUCAAAAGACUACAUUUUGGACUCCUUGUUAAGUCCAGUAGUGAUGGUAUCUGGCUCAUCCCUGUCAAGAUGUUUUUUUAUAUGAGCCAGAAUCUGAUGCUGCCAACAGCUAGUGGUUGUUUGCUACACCUGCCCAUCAAAACUGUCAGAAUUCAUUCAAAAUCAUCAGCUGGUCCUCAAACUGUGCAGUGAAAUUGCUGUAUGGAGGAGUGUCCUAGGUAGACCAUGCAUUGCUAACUGGGCUGUGCAGUAAUGGGCAAAUGAAGAUAUGGGAGAUAGUGGAACAAGUUGCCCAGAAAGGUGGUGUAAGACUCAUCCCUGGACACAUUUGGGGUCAGCCUGAAGGAGGUUUCUGAGCAACCAUAUCUAGUUGAAGAUGUGCCUGAUUAUUACAAGGGGGUUGGAACUAGAUGGCUUUUAAAGAUCCCUUCUAACCCAAAUUAUUCUGACCCUAUGAAGUGAUUAAUCUCCACUGUUAGGUUGAAAUGACCAUCACACUGGACAGUAUGAAAGGAAUAUAUUACCAUGUUGCUUAACCUAAUGCAUCAGUGGAUUGAUGAUCAGGGGUGAGAGGAAUUGGAGACCUCAUAUACAGAAUGAAGUUUAUGAAGUCAGAGUAUAUGUAUGUGAUGUCAGAGGUUAUGAAGCCAAAGAGAUGUAGCCAAAGGUCAGUGGUAGUAAAUAAAGCCAGGGAAACAAACCCAGCUAUCAAAAGUAAAGGCAUUUGAAUUUUGCUGUCUGUAUCAAAUGUAAAAAAGAACAAACUAAGGGGCACUAGGGAUUUUAUAGAGGAGUUAAAUUACUUGUGAUGAAGGAGAUCCAUAUCAAACCAUAAAUCACUCAAACCCAGAUAGCCUUACUGUUUAACCAACCAUUAAUGAUACUUACUACCUUGUUAUAAUAAGAGCAUAAAAUACCCUCCAAAUGCUGGGAGCUGCCUGUAUAUGCUAAGAAAGAGUAUGGGGAGGGCUGAUUUCAGAAGACUGAACCCCCAACAUUUCAUUUUAUCAGAAUUCUUUAUUACAGGCUAUAAAGGAAAGUUAGUGAUGGUACGAGGAUUAGACAUGGGGCAAGGAAUGUAGUGUGGGAAGAAGGGUGAAAUUUCACUGUGAGAUACGCUUAGUGUCAUUUGUAAGUCAGUGCCUAAUAAAUUGGGAAAUUAACAUAUAAGCUUUUCAGAUGGUCCAGUUUACUUAGAAGUAUCCAAGCUUUUCAGAUCUUUAGUUGCUAUAAGAGUGGUUUAAAUUUAAAAACUGAAAGCCUGUUCCCCUCCCAAGAGUUCUGUGCUGAGAUCAGUCUUGCUCAGCAUUUCCCCUGUGUUAUGGUGUAAGAAAUGCACACAAUAAUUUCCACGUUUUUGAGUGGUGCUUUGUGGUCUUCAAGUAAUGGAACUGAUGCUGAUGGUUUCCAGAAGGACAUUGAAGAAGCUUCACUAUAGCUGUAUGUGUGGUUGAAUAUCUGGUGGCUGGGAAUAAUCAAACUGUGAUUGCAUGAAACUGAAUUCAGAGCUGGCAGUUGCAGUGUGGAGAUAAUGAUUUCAGAGAGCUGUUGGUGCUAAUUCUGAGAUCUUUCCUAUUUGCAGCAGCAGCCAAAAAAGCCACCAAUAUUACCAUCGUCAGGGUGGUGAAAACAAGAUAGAGGGUGCUGUGCAUGGUCCUGGAAGCCUUGGGGCACUCACAUGUGGAGCACUGCAUGCGGGUUUGGUGUCCCCAUCCUGAGGAGAGUGUACACUGGAGUUACUGAAGAUACAGAAGAGGCCUUCUAAAAAGUUAGGGAACUGAACACUCAAAAGGCUGGAUGUUUCAGUGAGAUGGCUGAAAAGAGGGGCAUGACUGUUUACAAGAACUGGGAAAGCAGUAGAUGAGGUGAAUGUGCAGUGGUAAUUCUCCAAAUCUUGCAGUGUUAGAGCUCAGGGGCACUGGGUGAAGCUGGUAAGCAAUUUAAAGGAGAUGCACAGUGUAGUGAAAUUGUGGAAUUUGGUCCAGUGGGGAAUUGUGGAAAGAGGUUUAAAAAGAGGUUAAAAACCUGCAUGCACAACUGAGCCAUAAAAAAAAUACUGGAAGAAAUGGACUUCAGUGUCCCUUGAUGUAACAGUUGGGGUUGCUGGAAAAACACAAAAGGUGUGCAUGAUAGGCUUAUGUCAUGUCCCUAGACACAACUUGAUGUUGCCAGUGGUAAAGGUAGUGUUAGAUGAAGCAUUGGUCAGACCUAGAAGUUUGUAUGUUCCAGUUAGGAGCAUGAGAAGUAACAAAAGGAGCAAGAAAAGGAUGGAAAACAAUAUUGAAUUAUACCAAGAAUUCCCUUCCUUGGGAUGUUGUGGUUCUGUAUGUUUUGUCAACAAACAUUUUGCUAGAAACGUGGCAGUUGCUUCAGAAUCACUGCUGUGCUGCGUGGCUGUGGCAGUGCUGGGGAAGGUCAGCUACGACUUGGGAAAUGCUGCUGCACAGAACAUGCUCUGCUAAACCAGCUGUUCAGAAGCACCGAGUCUCCUUGCUAAAGAACUUGCGAAGAAGCUUUCAAACUCUAGCUCGUAAGUGAUGUGGAGGAUCAAAGUUUAGUGCAGGUGAAUAAAAACAUUUGAAAAGGAAAAUGAGUUUAUUGACCAAUGAAAUUGGUUACUGUACUGUAACUGUAGUCUUUUGUUAUAGUUUCAGGUGUUUUAUUCAGUCUCAUGUACCUUAACUUAUUUACAGUCUAGAGUAUUUCUUACUGGUGUGUGGCAUGAAGUAGGAUGCUGGUUUUAAGACUCCAGAUUCUUGGAAAUUAAUUGAAUUAUGACUUUUCUGUUGAAGGCAGUAAAAAAAGCCAGAUAUGGCAUGGUGCCCUCAUUCAUUAUAAGAUUUUGUUAGAAUUUCUAAAUACAUGAAAAACACCUAAAGUUCUUGUUGUUUUGUUUGUCAUACAAAUGGGGGAAACUUGUUGUCCUGAUGAGGUCUUCACCAGCUUGAGUUGGCUCAGCAACCCAGUUCCAGUUUUUUGUUGGGUGCUGGAGUUCAGCCAGAACUGAUUGUAGAGUGUAAAUGGGUCUCAAAGCAGGCAUAUGGCUGCAGGAAAUAAAAUCCUGUUUGAAUAAAUGCAGUAAUUUCUUAUCUCAUGGUUACUGUAACGUUUUAAAUGAAAGGGGUAAGUGAAGGUAAGUGGAGGUGGGUAGAGUUACAAUUGUCCUGUCUGUGCUUGCAACUUGUUAGUUCUUUCUGAAUGGCUCAUUUUUAGCCUUAUGGCUUCUGACGACUGCAGUGAUGCUAAGGUGAUUCUCUAUAGUUUUUUAAUUUCUAGUCAGGAGUAUGUGAGAGUCUGGCCAACCAUGAAGUGUUCAUGGAGAAAAAAAUACUUCCAGGCUAAAAAACUGUUUUCAUCACCAUAGGCAUUGUUUUGGAGGUUAUGGUUUCUUUGGUAAUGCCAUGAUGUCAUCAUCUGAAUUUGAAAAAUGGGAAUUAAAAACGCAUUGUCAAAACCACUCAGUUCUGAAGCUGUGGCAGUUUGCGUAAAGUUGCUCAUUUAGUGUUGAUCAUGGUACUUAUGUGCAAUUUUGGAUGUGCUAUCUUCAUGGGACUAAGCUAUGGAGCAAAAAUCUUGAAAAACACCCGUUCCAAGUGAGAUUUUUACACUGUCAUAGUAUUGGCAGCAUUUCGGACUUGAUGGUGCUGAAUGCAGUACAGUGCAUUGUAAAAAAUGAGGCUUUUCUGAAUCACCAGUUUAUAAGAAUUACGAGUCUAAAUAAGUGGCCUUUCAUUCUUUUCACGAUUCUGUUGUUUUUGUGCAGGUCCUCAUGCUGAAACCGCCAGUGGAUGCCAGAAUUUGCAGUGUGGUUUUCGGGCCUGCUGCCGCUCUGGCGAAUGACCUCUGACUUCUGAUCUUUCGGUCUACUUCAUUUAGCUGAGCAGGCUUCCUCUCAUGCACUUUACUUACAGUUCGCAUCUUGUGUUAACAAUCCUUGGAGUGAGACUUGUUAUACUAGCCUGACCCUGCCCACAACUUCAGAAUCUUAAUUAUGAGUGUACUGUACAGUGUUGUAACAAUCUCACAACCUCAUUUGGCUUGAAGGGUGUUGGGUUUUGUUUUACAUAAUUUGGGGAAGAUGGGAAACUCUUCAGUUUUUUCUUUUUAAUGCCACUUUAUUCCAAUUUUGGCACUUAAGUAUACUUUACUGCAUUAUUUUGUGUUAGGUGACUUCCUUUUUAUAAUUUUGAGUCCGUAAGUACAGUAUAAACCUCCGCAGAGAAUUUGAAUUUUAUUGUUUGCAUUUGGGUAAUAAUUACACAUCUUUAGGAGCCUGGUUUCUUCCCCUUUCCUCUCAUCCUGAAGUCGUUCUUUACAUUGCAAAAUUAGGGAAAUUGCCACCUUCCUUUUGCAUUUGGUUUUGUAUUUGGGCUUGAAAGACAUACUCAAAUAAAACAUUCCCACCAAUAAAAAAA